CAAAUAUGACAGGUGCCUGCUACAUCCGCUCCGUGUAAUUAAAUAUUAAAACAUAUCAUUAAACGUAUAAAAAUGUCCGAGAUUCGUAAAAGAAUAGUUGGAGAUACACCGAUAGAAACGCAAGCUGACAAUGAUGAUCAGAAAGAAGAUGUGGAAUCAGAAGAUGAUGCAAAGUUGGAAGUUGAAUUGGCUAAGACCUUACCACAAGGGACAGAUCAUACUCCACAUAUCUUGGAUUCAGUUCUUUCUGGCUUACCUGAACGCUGGAAAAAUUGGAUAGUUAGGAGUAUUUUUGCAUUCUUUAUGAUUGCUGGAUUUUGUGGUAUUAUUUAUAUUGGACCAUUGGCAUUGAUGGCUACAACAUUAAUUGUACAAGUAAAAUGUUUCCAAGAAAUUAUUAACAUUGGAUAUGCAGUUUAUAAAAUUCAUGGUUUACCAUGGUUUAGAUCUCUGUCAUGGUAUUUCUUAAUUACUUCCAAUUACUUUUUUUAUGGUGAAAAUUUGAUGGACUAUUUUGCUGUAGUAAUUAACCGUACAGAAUAUUUACGUGUACUUGUUACGUAUCAUCGUUUCAUUUCAUUCUGUCUAUACAUUGUUGGUUUUGUAUGGUUUGUACUAUCACUUGUAAAAAGGUACUAUAUGAAACAAUUUUCUCUAUUUGCUUGGACACAUGUUGCUCUACUCAUUGUCGUGACACAAAGUUAUCUUAUUAUUAAAAAUAUUUUUGAGGGUUUGAUAUGGUUUAUUGUCCCAGUUAGUAUGAUAGUGAUAAACGAUGUAAUGGCAUAUAUGUUUGGUUUCUUCUUUGGUAAAACGCCUUUGAUUAAAUUAUCUCCCAAGAAAACUUGGGAAGGAUUUAUAGGUGGUGGCAUUUCAACAGUUAUACUUGGGUUACUGUUAUCAUACAUCAUGUGCCAGUACCGCUACUUUGUUUGUCCCAUUGAAUACAGUGAAGCUUUAGGACGAAUGACUAUGGAUUGUGAACCAUCUAUUUUAUUCCAGCCUCAAGAAUAUACUUUACCUAGUAGUGUACAAGUUGUAUGGAAAAUGAUUAGCGGAAGGUCUACUGUAACUCUAUAUCCAUUUCUACUUCAUGCAUUAUCAAUGUCAGUAUUUAGUUCUGUAAUUGGACCAUUUGGAGGGUUCUUUGCCAGUGGCUUUAAGAGAGCAUUCAAAAUUAAAGAUUUUGGAGAUGUUAUUCCUGGCCAUGGAGGAAUAAUGGAUAGAUUUGAUUGUCAAUAUUUAAUGGCAACAUUUGUAAAUGUUUAUAUAUCUUCAUUUAUUCAAACUGCUUCACCUCAGAAACUUUUGCAGCAGGUAUAUAGUUUAAAACCAGAGCAACAGUUGCAAUUGUUUCAAACUUUAAAGGAUUCAUUAGAAAACAGGGGUUUGUUGAAUAUCUAUUGAUCCUUUAGUACUAAUGAUAAUUAGUAAUAAUCAGGAGAAUUACUUUUACAUAGCAAAAGAUAUUAUAAAAGUUAUUUCCAACACUUAUCUGAAUAUUGUGUGCAAUGAAAUCAAGGGACAUGCUAUGCAACAUUUGCAGUUCUUUUGCAUUCCGC